AUGCCUCUCAAAGCCCUCGCCAUCCCCCUCCCCAUCACCCCGGAAGUCAUUCAAUCCCACCCCGCACCCCAAUUCUACGCCAUCUACGGCCGCAAAUUCCCCACCACGGACUCCCAAUGGGCAACCCAAAACUUCGAAGAAUUCUACUCCUCAGACUGCAAAACCAUUCUUCCCAACAGUAAAAUCCUCACCGACGGCCAAGCCGGAUGGGAUUUUUUCCGACGUCUCUAUUCCACUUUUCCGAAAGUCGAACGAGAACUUCGAAGCGGAAUUUUGGUUUCUGAUGACGAGGUUGAAGGGAAAUAUGAGAUUCAUGUGGAAUUUGUCACGAAAUUGCAUACGGCUGAGAAGGGUGUAGUGGAAUUACCGCAGAGUUUUGUGUAUGUUUUGGGGAAAGCUGAUGAAGGGAAGGGGACUUUGGGGUUACAGAUUCGGGAGUUGAGGAAUUAUUAUGAUUUGAGGACUCUGGAGGAGGCGCUUGGGGAGAAGCUCUGA